AUGGAUCCAGCGAUGAAGGUCCUGGAAUUGACGUCCGACAACCACCCUCCAAAUGUCUGGACACGACUGCAUUCGGAUCUCCAUGCCUGGAAAACGGUAACGCCAACACAUGCUAUUUAUAAAAAUCAUAUUUACUUGCCAGUGGAUCCAGCAGCAAUCAUUGUCAGAGAAAUCACCGUAAUCAAUGUCACAUGUUCUUACCCACUUAACCUAAAUACUUCAACAGGUGCAAUUCGUCCCGACUUAAGAAUAACAUAUAUACCGAUUGAUGGCAGUGGGACAUUUAAAGUGAGGAUGGCUAUCUACACAGACAUCAGUUAUACUACCCCAAAUAACAAUCCAGUUAUUGACAUUUCUACAAAAUCUAUUUUAUAUGUUGGCGUCUUUAUUGAAGAGCCUGCUGCUAACUUCAAUCUUCUAAUGAUAAACUGCUACAGCACACCUACAAACAAUGCUUAUGAUCCUGUAAGAUACAACAUCCUUGUUGACAGAUGCCCUAACCCCACAGACAGUACUAUCAAGGUUUUACAAAACGGUGUUACCAGUAUGGGAAUGUUCUACUUACAAGCGUUCAAGUUUAUUGGUGAUUAUUCCUAUGUAUAUCUACACUGCGAAGUUUACCUCUGCAAAGACAGCUGUGCACCUACUUGUUCAAGCAGAUCUAGUAGUGAAGCUCCAAAGGCACAAGGAACUUUGACUUAUGGACCUUUCAGAAUUGAUGGUUCUAAUGGGAACAGUGUCGGCUACUAUAAUGUGAACAAUAACAACUUUUUGAAUGUGCCUUGCAGUGAUAAAGAAACAGUAAUCCCAUCAUUGACCUUUGUUGUGGACACAACCGGCUCUACGUCUCUGUCAUUGCUACAAGAAGCCACCAGGAUUCUUAUCAACAGUAUUUCUGCAUCAUCUGAAAAUGUAACACGACAGUACACUUUGGUGGAAUUCAAUGAUCCAAGUGUCGGACCCCUUCGUGCCACUUGCUCCACCACCGACUUUGUCAAUUACAUUAAUUUGCUUUACACCAGUGAUGGUGGUGACUGUCCUGAAUACGCAAUGACUGGAUUGCUGCAAGCAUUGGAAAAUAUUCCAUAUGGUUCAUUGGUUGUAUUAGCCACAGAUGCCUCAGCAAAGGAUAGUAGUGACAGUUACACAGUAAAUCGCAUAUUUUCUCUUCUAGAUUCUAAACAAGCAAAGUGGGAUCGAUGUGUUUGCAAACUUUGCAUCGUCCACAGGGAUAUGUGCCAGUAA